AGGGAAAGGAGGAAGAGGGAAGAGAAAUAUUUUCCUUUCCUUCCCCUGACUGGUUGUACGCCUCGCGGCGGGACGGGAAAUCGUCGUUUCGACUUGGCGACCGAAUAUUGAGCAAACAAACGCUGCUCCAUGUCCUAUGUCGCAGGCGAAUAGUCGCUAUCUACUACGGACGCGCGUUUACGUUCACAAGCGAAUCCGAAGUCCCACUUGAAUUUUUCCCCCGACCUCCUCGCAACGCGUUUCGCGCGGUGCAAAGGGAAAAAUGAUGAAUGGCAGAUAUCCCGAGUUCGCGGAAGACGCGGAGGAGCCGUCCGUCACGUCCUUGGAUCCGAACGAGCGCAAGUUGGCGCGACGCAUCCGCAUUCAGCGGCGCUUGGAAGCGCAAACUAAAAAGACAGACGCCGAGGAUGAAGAGGUGGUCGAGAAGACGCUCACCGAGAGGCAAAUACUUGCCAGUUCUGAACUGUUGGAAAACUUGUCGGUGGAAGGCGACGAAGUGGUGACCUCCGUGAAGGUGGCGAACGACGCUAGGGAGCUGCAGCGACGGCGGGAGGCGCGCGAGAUCAGGAGAGCGUUGCUGAGGAAACUCGAGGAAGACGACGAGGAGUGCAUGAAAAGGUACCGGGUGAUCAACGACAAGUGGUCAAACAUACUCGCGUCCAAGGAUCCGUUGGACAUACACGCAGAGAUGGAAGCCCAGAGCGCCAAGUGUCUGGAAAUCAUGGAACGGAAAGACGCCGUCAUCGCGCAGCUGCGGCAAGAGUUGGAGAACGCCGAUCUUAAAUUCGUCAACGACCAGAAAAGUCAGGACGAGGAUGUAGAUCAGUUGAUCAGCAGGAUGGACAAUCAAAUGAACAUCAUGAGCAAAGCCUAUCGUCGCGAGUUGUCGCUUAUCAACGAUGUGAUGGAGUCGGAGCGCAAAAUGUUGCUGGAAAGUCUCUCGGAGAAGUGGGAAGCGCUGCACAAAAAGCUGCGGGAGGAGAGCCACGCGGGAUUGGACAAGCGGAAGGAAAUAAUGCGCGAGUACGAGGAAGAGAUGAAGAGAGUCAUGGUCGAACACCAGGAAGAGUUUCGGGCGCAGAAAAUCAGCUUCGAGCUUGAGAUUCAGAAGCUCCAGCAGGAGGUGCAGAGCACGAAGGCGCUGUGCUUCAUGAACAUCGAGAAACUGGACUACAGUUACGCCGUGCUCAAGCGUCGAGAAGAUGAAAAUGCUAUAGUGAAAAAUCAGCAAAAGAGGAGAAUUAACAAACUUCAAGAUGUUAUCAACGGUCUGAAAAAACAUUAUACCGAAUUGGAAGGAAACACGAGGCUCGAGAUACAGAGGCUCACCGAUCAGGUUGUGAAAGCGCACAAGAAUAUUUUGGAUCUGGUAGAAAAGUCGAACCACUUCACGAGAAUUAACGAUAAGAAGUAUAUGCGAAUUUGGGAUAUGAAUGCGAGAAAUGCGAAUGAGUUGCUCGAUAAGAUCUUGAAUGCUGACAAAGUCAUAUAUGAACAAGCAUUGGGCAUGGAGUGGAGUCCAUCCGAAGAAACUUUGCUGGAAAAGAAAGAUUUGCCGUCUUAUCGUAGUGUCAUGGAUACUAUAGACGAAGAGAAUAGAUUGAUCAACGAGAAAAGGACGAUAUGUGAAUCUUACAAACCGGCGAGCACCAUCGAGGAAAUCAAUUUAGAAAGGCGACUGCUGAACCAUAUUAUAAAGCACAUUGCCGAUCGUUGCGAUUAUCUGCUCGAGGAUAGGCUGCUCGAGUUGCUCUUACCUUACACUGCGAACGAUCAGUUGGUCAUACGAUUGGAUAAUGUGUUUCAGGCGUUAAGCAUUAAAUCCGAGAGGGAGCUUGGCUUUCUCUUGAAUUUCUUCCUGCCGUAUGCAUAUUGUCCUACGUGUAGCAAGGACAUGAGCAGAUCUACCGAUGAUACAGAAUUUACUGAAUCUCCUUCUCUGAAAACGGACGUUGAGGAAGCAGGUGUCUGUGGAGUUGCUGAGGAGUUUACGGAAGACGAAGUCAAAUUAAUUGCCGCCGUUAAAGAGGCAAUCUGUGAUGAGAAAUCGCCUACUCCUAGCGAUGACGUGAGCAUUAUGGGCGUUUCUUCUCGAAGUUCUUCAACGGAAACGUUACUUCCUAUCGCGGAAUGCACCUCGACUUCUCAUGCGUCUAUUAGUGAUAUCGUUAAAGACGACGAUCAAAUGCAACGACGCUUAUUGUGUGACAAGGGACAUUUGCUUGAAAUUGAAGCUACGUUUGUCACUAGAGCAUUACGAGAAUUCAUAGAAAGAUAUCAUUUUGUUAAAUGGAAAGAGAUGCCGGAAACGUUUCAGGAAAAAUUAACGGAGAAAAAGACUGUUGUAUCCCGGAAUCUGACGGUACAGGAUGUAACAGACUUUUGGAAGCAAUACCGUGAAAUUUUCCCCGCAAAGAAGGAACGGCUUUGGGAUGGUUUACUAAUUGGACUCAAAAAGUAUCACGAAAUAUUAAAAGAACGACAUCGUUUGAAUGUUGAAGUGGAAUCUUUACGUACGCAAAAUGCAGAAUUACGCCGUUUAUUGAAAACAUACACAAUUCAAGUAAUGCUAGAAAAUAAUAUUAGAUAUACUGAAUAUCGUCAUAUUGAAAAAUGCUUGAAAUAUAACAUCUUGCAUUUUUUUUCUAGUCUGAACGUGAUGGAUCCUCGCAAAGUGAUUUACACUCUAUUCGCGAAGUGACUUAGAAUAGAACUCGUGAAUA